AACAGUGCUGCCUGUAGAGUGAGCUCGAGGGUGGUUUGGGGGAGCAAGGGAACUACUCGGGGAGCUAAAGGGACAAGUGCGUGCAGAGGGCUCCGAGCAAGGAGUGCAGACGGAAGCGUCUGGAAAUAGCCAGGGUGAAAGGAGCUGCUAGGAGGAGAGACAGAAAACACCACUCCUUCAAGAGGGAGCAAGAGCAGGGGUCCUAGGAACUCACUGGCAGCCUAAAGAUCACGAGAAGUGUGCAGACAGCGGGAGAAGGCCAGGACCAGGGCCGCAGCCGAGGCAGGCACUAGAGCGCCAAGGGAUGAACUUCCCCGUGGGUUUCAAGCCGCUGCUAGGGGAUGCACACAGCAUGGACAACCUGGAGAAGCAGCUCAUCUGCCCCAUCUGCCUGGAGAUGUUCUCCAAGCCCGUGGUCAUCCUGCCGUGCCAGCACAACCUGUGCCGCAAGUGCGCCAACGACGUCUUCCAGGCAUCUAACCCUUUGUGGCAAUCCCGAGGCUCCACAACGGUAUCUUCAGGAGGUCGUUUCCGCUGCCCAUCUUGCAGGCAUGAGGUUGUCCUGGACCGGCAUGGGGUCUACGGCCUUCAGCGGAACCUGCUAGUGGAGAACAUUAUUGACAUCUACAAGCAGGAAUCCUCCCGGCCCCUGCACUCCAAGGCUGAACAGCACCUCAUGUGUGAGGAGCAUGAAGAUGAGAAGAUCAACAUCUACUGCCUGAGCUGCGAGGUGCCCACCUGCUCCCUCUGCAAGGUCUUCGGUGCCCACAAGGACUGUGAGGUGGCCCCUUUGCCCACCAUUUACAAACGCCAGAAGAGCGAGCUGAGCGAUGGCAUCGCGAUGCUGGUGGCAGGCAAUGACCGUGUGCAAGCAGUGAUCACGCAGAUGGAGGAGGUGUGCCAGACCAUUGAGGACAACAGCCGCAGGCAGAAGCAACUGUUAAACCAGAGGUUCGAGACCUUGUGCGCCGUGCUGGAGGAGCGUAAGGGAGAGCUGCUGCAAGCCCUGGCCCGGGAGCAGGAGGAGAAGCUGCAGCGCGUGCGGGGCCUCAUCCGACAGUACGGAGACCACUUGGAGGUUUCCUCUAAGCUGGUGGAGUCCGCCAUCCAAUCCAUGGAGGAGCCGCAGAUGGCUCUCUACCUCCAGCAGGCCAAGGAGCUGAUCAACAAGGUCGGGGCGAUGUCGAAGGUGGAGCUGGCAGGACGGCCGGAGCCAGGCUACGAGAGCAUGGAGCAGUUCUCUGUGAACGUGGAGCACGUGGCCGAAAUGCUGCGGACCAUCGACUUCCAGCCGGGCGCCGCGGGGGAUGAAGAGGAUGACGAGGUGGCUUUGGAAGGGGACGAGAGCAACGCAGGGCCGGAGGAGGAGCGGCUGGACGGGCCAGAAGGCCUGCACUGACCGGACCCGGAUCCAGAGCGCGAGCCCGCAGCGGGAGGCAAGGCUUGCAGAGGAUCUGCUCAGAGACCACCGCGCAACCCAGCUAGGCGUCCCGCCCCGGGGAAGGGUCUCAAUAAAGGACUCUUGCGUCCCA